AUCAGAAUAUAGAAGCUAGGACAAAGUUCAUGUACAUUUGAAAGAAUUAUGUUAAGAAAUCCAGCUUUUUGUAUUUGUAAUAGAAUUUUGAACAGACAAGAUUAUCUAAAGCCUAUGGUUAUCUCUUCGAACAAUUUUGAGAGAUUCCAAAGUGAAAAAAUUCAAAGAAAAAAUGACUCUGCUUUGUAUUUUCAUGUAUUUGCUUGUGCAAAUCUCAAAUUCACUCAGAUAAGGAAGUUGCAUGCAUCUACAAAAUAUCUAGCAGGACACAGUCAGUGGGCAAAUAGGAGAGUUGGAAAACAAAUUCAGGACAAGAAAAAAGCAAAUGUUAGGGAAGGACUAAUGAAAAAUGUUGUGUCAGUUAUCAAACAAACUGGUGAAACAGAUCCUCGAUAUAAUCCAAAACUACAGAAAUUAUUUGAUCAAGCUAAACUGAAAGAUGUUCCUAAAUCAACAUUAGAUAAUGUUAUAAAAAGAAUAAGUUCAAAAUCUUUUGAAGUAACAACAGUUGAAAUUGCUUUACCUGGUAACAUGUUCAUAAUAUAUGAAAUAUCUUCUACAAAUAUGGCAUUAACAGUCAAUCAGAUGAAAAAUGUUUGUAAACAAGUUGGUGGCUUCGUGGAGAAAGGUUGCUGUUCACGUAUAUUUGAAGAAAAGGGAUUUGUUGAUGUUGGUAUAGGUGUAAAUGAGAAAGCUGAUGUAGAGCAAUAUGUUGAUAUAGCUAUUGAAGCGGGGGCUGAAGAUGUGGUUUUGGAAGAAAAUGACAAUGAAAGAUAUAUAAGGUUUAUGUGUGAGGCGGCAAAUCUAUACCAAGUAAAAGGCAAGCUGGAGAAAUUGGGUUUAAAUGUAAUCAACCUUUUUAAUGAAUAUUUGCCUCAUCAACUGGUAAAUCUUGAAGAAAAUCACAAAAAAAAUUUGAAAGCUUUUCAAAUGAAGUUGGAUAAUAAUCUUAUAUCACCAUGUAUUGAACGAAAAUUCACUAAUUUCAUAGACGAAAAUGAAGAAUAAUAAAAUUAAAAUGAUA